AUGUUUAUCGCGAGAUAUGACAACGAACGUCUCUUCAUCUCUACCCAGCUGGAAAGUUUGUUCUCUACUCCGACGAUCGUCAACCGUACGGCCAAAGAGUUUAAUGCUCUCCUCAACUCCACCACCGAAGCUCUCAACGCCCUGAAGUCGUUGGGGCGGCCUGUCGAACACAGGGACGACGUCUUGGUGCAUAUUAUCUCCAGCCGGUUGGAUUUUAAGACGUUGGAGGCGUGGGAAGUUAAGAUCGGCUCCACCACCACCUUUACAACAAAUGCGGAACUCAGGGAGUACAUGUUGAGCAGAGCAAGAACUAGAGAGAGAAUUGAGCUGCAUCGUCUGCACGCUCCCAAGACGCCAACUUCGAGUGUGCCCUCUCAACCACCUAAAGCAAAGCCAGCAAAGGUGCUGAAUGUCUCAACUGGCAAUGCAGUUCAACAGGCUCGCGGGUUGUCACCGGAAAAGAGGAAGGAGUUCGUCGAGAAGAAGUAUCUCUGUUUCAACUGCGUGGGGAAGCACUCUAUUCGUGCCUGUAGGACCACGAAGACGUGCGUUGUGUGUCACAAACGCCACCACUCGAUGAUCCACAUCACACGCCCUCAGAAUGGUCCUCUGCAGUCAUCUCAACCAGACCAGUUGAAGUCUCAAGAUAGUCUUGCAGUAAAGCUAGGGUUGUCGAAGUCUCCAGUUUUGCUACCUGUCGUUGGCAUUGGUGGAUCAAGGUCAUACUCAAAGGAAUUCUCUCAGUUCUGUCUGAAGUGUCUGCACUCAGACAAACAUCUUCAGAUUAAGGCCUACAUUCUUGACCAUCUCACAUCAUCGUUGCCGUCAUUCUCAGUCUCGGAUACUCAAGCUUGGGGCCGUCUCGAGGGACUGAAGUUAGCUGAUGCGGAAUACAUGAAACCAAGACCUAUUGACUUUCUCAUUGGCGCGGAUUUCUUCGGAUCAAUUGUGGGGCCACAGAUCAUCAAGGGGCCUUCAGACUCCCCUAUAGCAACGCGCGCUAGCUUCGGUUGGGUGGUACUAGGACCUACUUCAGCGGUGAUUUCGAUGGUGACCAACUCUAAUCACAUUGCAGUCACCAACGAGGAACUCUACGACCUUCUCACCUCGCUCUGGCUGCAGGAGGAAGUCCCAAAAGCCGAAGAUGGUGAUCUCACGAAAGAAGAGGCAAAAUGUGAGGAGUUUUUCUAG